UGCAUACGAAUCCUACCCUCACGUACGUAACUCCACGUAUCCCUCCCGAGAAGGUUGAUCCUCUAUAUAUUUCUCCUCUCGCUGUGAAAUUCCUCGUCCGCGACUGCCCUUCUCGCCUUUCGUUCUCCCCAAACGAAAGGCGACAGGCGACGGGCCUAGCUACAAUCUAGACGUUGAUGAGUAAGCAGUCGACCCGAGACGAGGAGGCGGCGCCGUAAUGGGAGGGGGAGAGCAAGCGUCUGCCUCUGAAAUGCCAGCGGUCGGGCUGGUACCCGGGCCGCCGGGGUUGAUGCGACGAGCAUCGACGAGGAAUCCCACGACGGCGACUUUCUCAAUGGAGGUGUUUGACAACGAGGUGGUGCCGGCGUCACUGGACAGCAUUACGCCUGUCCUUCGAGUUGCCUCCAAGAUUGAGGCAGAGCGCCCUCGCGUUGCUUAUCUCUGCCGAUUUUAUGCAUUUGAGAAGGCACAUAGACUUGAUCCUAGUUCAACCGGACGUGGAGUUCGCCAAUUCAAAACUGCCCUCCUUCAACGCCUUGAACGGGACAACGGAACGAGUCUCUCCCGAAGGGUGAAGAAGAGCGAUGCCCGAGAGAUCCAGAGUUUCUAUCAGCAAUACUACGAGCAAUAUGUUCGUGCUCUCGAUAGGGGCGAACAAGCCGACAGAGCUCAACUCGGGAAAGCUUAUCAAACCGCUAAUAUCCUUUUUGAGGUUCUCUGUGCCGUUAACAAGAGCGAGAAAGUUGAAGAAGUUGCCCCAGAGAUCAUUGCUGCUGCCAGAGAUGUCCAAGAAAAAACCGAAAUUUAUGUACCCUACAACAUCCUUCCCUUGGAUGCUGCUGGUGCUUCACAAUGCAUCAUGCAGCUCGAGGAGAUAAAAGCAGCCGUAGCAGCCCUGAAGAAUACACGGGGUUUGAACUGGCCUUCUGUUGGUCAGCAAAAGGAGAAAACAGGAGAGUUGGAUCUACUUGAUUGGUUAAGAGUCACAUUUGGGUUUCAGAGAGACAAUGUAAGAAAUCAAAGGGAACAUUUGAUCUUGCUCCUCGCCAACCUUCACAUAAGGCUGUCUCCGAAGCCUGAACCUAUUCAUAAGCUAGAUAAUCGUGCAGUCGAUGCAGUUAUGAACAAAAUAUUCAAGAACUAUAAAUCAUGGUGCAAAUUCUUGGGAAAGAAACAUAGUUUACGUCUUGCACAAAGCCUACAACCACAAGAGAUUCAACAGAGAAAGAUCCUAUAUAUGGGUCUGUUUCUUCUUAUCUGGGGUGAAGCUGCCAAUCUUCGAUUUAUGCCAGAGUGCUUAUCUUAUAUAUUCCACAAUAUGGCAUAUGAGCUACAUGGUCUGUUGGGUGGCAAUGUCAGUGUUGUGACAGGGGAGAAUGUUAGAUCUUCAUAUGGUGGAGACGAUGAAGCAUUCUUGAAGAAAGUAAUCAGCCCAAUUUAUCGUGUGAUUGAAAAGGAAGUUCAAAGAAGCAAUAACGGAAAAGCCCCACAUUCAGCUUGGUGUAACUAUGAUGACCUAAAUGAGUACUUCUGGUCGGCUGAUUGCUUUUCCUUGGGUUGGCCUAUGAGAGAUGAUGGGGAGUUCUUCAAAUCUAUACGACAAUCAAAGCCUACAGUUCAGGUUGGACGUUCAUCCAAAAAAUUGCCUAAUAAAAGCACAGGGAAGGAAAAUUUUGUUGAGACUAGAACAUUUUGGAACAUCUUUAGAAGUUUUUCUCGCAUGUGGACUUUCUAUGUAAUAGCAUUACAGGCAAUGAUAAUCAUGGCCUGGAGUGGUUAUUCACCAGCACAGAUUUUUCAGAAAGAUAUGUUAUACUCAUUAUCUAGCAUUUUCAUAACAGCAGCACUUCUGCAUCUGCUAAAAUGUAUUCUUGAUCUUAUUCUUAAUUUCCCUGGCUAUCAUAGACGAAAAUUUACUGAUAUCUUGAGAAAUGUCCUCAAGAUAUUAGUGAGUCUUGCAUGGUCUAUAGUUCUUCUUCUGUGUUAUAUUGAUUCGUCACAGAUAAAUUUGCCUUUGGGUGGCAUUUUGCAGUACCUUCAUCAGAUAAAAGGCAUUCCGCCUUUAUAUACUAUGGCUGUGGCAUUAUACGUGUUGCCUAAUGUUUUAACAGGAAUGCUAUUUUUAUUUCCUAUGCUCCGUAGAUGGAUAGAGAAUUCAGAAUGGGGCAUUGUCCGGAUGCUCUUAUGGUGGUCUCAGCCAAGGAUUUAUGUUGGGCGCGGUAUGCAUGAGAGUCAGUUGGUACUAUUCAAGUACACAUUGUUUUGGGUGUUGCUGUUAUCUUCCAAGUUUGCAUUUAGUUACUUCUUGCAGAUACAACCUCUUAUAAAGCCCACAAAAGAUAUAAUGAAUGUUCAUAAUGUACAUUUCGCCUGGCAUGAUUUUUUCCCCCAAGCUCCUGGUAAUCUUGGUGCUAUUAUUGCGCUUUGGGUUCCUGUGAUCUUGGUGUAUUUUAUGGAUACUCAAAUAUGGUAUGCAAUUUUCUCCACUUUAUAUGGAGGUGUCUCUGGAGCAUUUGGUCGACUUGGAGAGAUACGAACACUAGGCAUGUUGAGAUCACGGUUUCAUUCUUUGCCUGGAGCUUUCAACACAUGUCUUGUUCCAUCUGAGAAAGUUCGUCACAAGGGAUUCUCUCUAUCGAGGCGCUUUGCUGAGGCCUCUCCAAGUAAGAGAACUGAAGCAGCAAAGUUUGCUCAGCUUUGGAAUGAAGUGAUAUGCAGCUUCCGAGAGGAAGACCUUAUAAGUGAUAGGGAGAUGGAUCUUUUGCUAGUUCCUUACUCAUCCGAUCCUAGCUUGAAGGUGAUACAAUGGCCACCAUUCCUACUAUCUGGCAAGAUACCAGUAGCACUAGAUACAGCUGCUCAAUUUCAAGCAAAGGAUUCUGAUCUCUGGAAACGUAUCUGUGUUGAUGAGUACAUGAAAUGUGCUGUUAUCGAAUGCUAUGAGUCCUUUAAGCUCAUUCUUAAUCUUCUUGUUGUCGGGGAGAAUGAGAAAAGGAUUAUUGGUAUCAUUAUUAAAGAGAUUGAAGCUAACAUUGAAAAAAAUACCUUUCUAAGCAAUUUUAGGAUGAAUGCCUUGCCAACACUAUGUAAGAAGUUUGUGGAGCUUCUUGAUAUAUUGAAAGAGGGUGAUGCAUCUAAACGUGAUACAGUUGUAUUAUUGCUUCAAGACAUGCUUGAAGUAGUCUCCCGUGAUAUGAUGGUUAAUGAGAUACAUGAGUUAGUUGAACUUGGGCAUGGUAAUAAAGAUUCAGUACCCCGAAGACAGCUCUUUGCUGGUACUGGUUCAAAACCUGCAAUAUUGUUUCCUCCUCUACUUAACCCACACUGGGAAGAACAGAUUAAACGACUUUACCUCCUAUUGACAGUGAAGGAAUAUGCAAUAGAUGUUCCUACAAACCUUGAAGCUCGUAGAAGAAUAGCAUUUUUCACAAAUUCUUUGUUUAUGGAUAUGCCCCGUGCUCCUAGAGUCCGUAAAAUGUUGUCAUUCAGUGUGAUGACUCCAUACUACAGUGAGGAAAUUGUAUUUUCCAAAAGUGACCUUGAUUUGGAAAAUGAAGAUGGCAUCUCUAUAAUAUUCUAUUUGCAAAAGAUCUAUCCAGAUGAAUGGAACAACUUUAUGGAGAGGAUCAAUUGCAAACGAGAAAGUGAGGUUUGGUCCAAUGAAGAAAAUGUUUUACAGCUUCGUCAUUGGGCCUCUCUUAGGGGGCAAACACUUUGUAGAACUGUGAGAGGUAUGAUGUACUAUCGUAGAGCAUUGAAGCUUCAGGCUUUUCUAGACAUGGCCCAAGAAAGUGAGAUAUUAGAGGGAUAUAAAGCAUUUACUGAUCCAAUGGAGGAAGAAAAUAAGAGCCAAAGGUCAUUAUUUUCUCAACUUGAUGCCAUAGCAGACAUGAAAUUCACAUAUGUUGCUACAUGCCAAAUUUAUGGCAACCAGAAAAGGUCUGGAGAUCGUCGUGCAACAGACAUUUUGAACCUGAUGGUUAACUACCCUUCCCUUCGUGUUGCAUAUAUCGAUGAAGUUGAAGAAAGAUAUAGUGACAAGGUUCAGAAGGUCUACUACUCUGUGCUCGUAAAAGCAGUGGACAACCGUGAUCAAGAAAUAUAUCGAAUAAAACUACCAGGGGCGGCAAAGAUAGGCGAAGGGAAACCCGAGAAUCAAAACCAUGCCAUAAUCUUCACUCGUGGUGAAGCUCUUCAGGCUAUCGAUAUGAAUCAGGAUAAUUAUCUAGAAGAGGCAUUUAAAAUGCGUAAUCUUCUGGAAGAAUUCAAUGAAGACCAUGGACUGCGUCAGCCUACCAUCCUUGGUGUACGUGAGCAUAUUUUCACAGGAAGUGUAUCCUCUUUGGCAUGGUUUAUGUCAAAUCAAGAAACCAGUUUUGUAACAAUAGGGCAAAGGGUCCUUGCGAACCCAUUAAAAGUUCGGUUUCACUAUGGUCACCCAGAUGUGUUUGAUAGAAUCUUUCACAUAACUAGAGGUGGCAUUAGCAAGGCAUCUCGUGGGAUCAACUUAAGUGAAGAUAUAUUUGCUGGCUUCAACUCCACCUUACGACGUGGAAAUAUCACCCAUCAUGAGUAUAUCCAGGUUGGAAAAGGUCGUGAUGUUGGACUAAACCAAAUAUCUCUAUUUGAAGCAAAGGUUGCUUGUGGCAAUGGAGAACAAAUACUCAGCAGAGAUAUCUAUCGCCUGGGGCAUCGCUUUGACUUCUUCAGGAUGCUAUCAUGUUAUUUUACUACUGUUGGAUUCUACAUCAGCUCGAUGAUGGUUGUGAUCAUAGUUUAUGCUUUCUUGUACGGAAGACUUUACUUGUCGCUUAGUGGGCUGGAGGAUGCUAUUAUGAAGCAGGCAAGGAAGAUAGGCAACACUGCUCUAGAGUCGGCCAUGGCAUCUCAGUCAAUCGUUCAAUUAGGUUUGCUAAUGGCUUUACCAAUGAUCAUGGAGAUUGGACUUGAAAGAGGAUUCUGGACCGCCAUUAGCGACUUCAUCAUAAUGCAACUUCAGCUUUGUUCUGUGUUCUUCACAUUCUCCCUGGGAACAAAAUCACACUAUUUUGGAAGAACAAUGUUGCAUGGUGGGGCUAAAUACAGAGCCACUGGACGUGGAUUUGUGGUCCGACAUGUAAAGUUUGCUGAGAAUUACAGGAUGUAUUCCCGGAGCCACUUUGUUAAAGGGUUGGAGUUGAUGAUAAUGCUUAUAGUUUAUCAGAUCUACGGUGCAGUGGCAACUGAUUCGAUCGCAUACUUACUUCUGACUUCAUCAAUGUGGUUCCUUGUUGGCACAUGGCUGUUUGCACCAUUCGUUUUCAACCCUUCAGGUUUCGAAUGGCAAAAGAUAGUGGAGGACUGGGAUGACUGGAGCAAAUGGAUGAACAGUUGGGGAGGAAUCGGUGUUCCAGCAAACAAGAGUUGGGAAUCCUGGUGGGAUGAAGAACAGGAGCACCUGAAGUCAACUGGGUUCUUAGGAAGAUUCUGGGAAAUUGUCCUCUCUCUUCGCUUCUUUCUUUUCCAGUACGGGAUUGUUUAUCACCUCCAUGUUUCCAAUAACGACAAAAGCAUCAUCGUGUACGGACUGUCGUGGUUUGUGAUAGUAGCGAUACUUUUUAUACUGAAGCUGGUGUCAAUGGGGAGGAAGACAUUUAGUGGGGACUUCCAGCUCCUGUUCCGGCUGCUGAAGCUGCUCCUGUUCAUCGGAUUGGUUGGAACUCUGAUCAUUCUCUUCAUCUUCCUCAAUUUGACUGUCGGAGACAUCUUCUGCAGCAUCCUCGCUUUCAUGCCUACCGGUUGGGCUCUGCUUCAGAUUGCACAGGCACUGAGACCAAUGGCGAAGGCUCUGGGUCUGUGGAGCUCGGUCAAGGCCUUGGCCAGGGGGUACGAGUACGUGAUGGGCCUGCUGAUCUUUUCGCCGGUUGCUGUCUUGGCGUGGUUCCCGUUCGUCUCCGAGUUCCAGACAAGGCUGCUCUUCAACCAGGCCUUCAGCCGAGGACUGCAAAUUUCACGUAUUCUGACCGGAGGAAAGAAGCACAACUGAGCGGAUUGUUGCAAGUUUUGCUUCUAGGAGUUGCAUUCAGUCAUCCUUCUUGAAGAAAUAGAAGAAUUGUUUGUCUCCAAUUGGUGAGAUUUGGAUAAGGGAGGAGAACAUUACCUCGAUAACAAUUCAAGGUUUUGUACAAAUGGAGUUAUUAAAAAAGAGAAGAAAGAAAAAAAAAAAAAAAAGGGAAAAAACCCUUUAAAUUAUUAGAUUUUGUUACCUUGCAAACCAACCAUUAUCCCCUUUGUCAUCUUACAGCGGUCGACGAGACGAUGGAGGUGAGUAGGAGAAAGGCGAUGUUGGUCGCCUGAGCAUGGCUUAGAGGAAGAUUAGAGGAGAUUAGGAGA